AUGGGGGAUAAGAUACCCGUCUCGGCUCAGGACAGCACGGCCCAGCUGCUGACCCCGCUUGACCUCGGGUCGCGGCCGAAUGGCGAGGUGGAGGUCCGCGCGGCCGCUCGCCAUCACAGGCGACGCCGCUGGUGGCACCGACGCAGCGUGCUGGAGAAGUUCCUGCUGCUGCUGGUGCUCCUGCUGCUGCUAGGAUGCACCGCCCUGCUCCUGAACCUCGUACUAGUGCUGUACCGGGGUCAGCCGGACGCGGCGGCGGCGCCGGAGACCCGCUGCCUCACCCCCACCUGUCUGCGGGUGGCCUCGCGCGUGCUGGACCGCAUGGACCCGACAGCGGAGCCCUGCCAGGACUUCUUCCAGUACGCGUGCGGCCGCUACCUCAGCUCGCACGUGGUGCCCAGCGACGCCUUCUACAGCUCCAAUAUCCAGCACAUGCAGGAGCGCAUGCUGGUCGACAUCAAAAAACUAAUCGAAGACAACGAUGUAGCACCAGACAUCCCUGCUGUGAAGAAAGUGGAAAAACUAUACUAUUCAUGCGUCAACAUGAGCAGUGACCCGAGCACGGACGUGCAGCAGAGCCGGGAGGUGGCGGCCGCGGUGCUGGCCGAGCUGGGCGGCUGGCCACUGCUGGAGCCCGGCUGGGUCGUGCAGCGCUUUAACCUGACUGCGCUCAUCACGCGUUUGCACAGCUAUAAAGUCAACAGCGUACUUGAGCUGUUCGUGUCCUCCGACUCCCGCGAUACGUCCACCUACAUCAUACAGCUGUUCAAGGGCUCGCCGCUGAUCGAGGCGGGAUACCUGCUGAACCAGACGGAUCAGCACGCGCGCCGCCAGCUGGCAGCCUACCGCGCCGCCGGCUGA